CGCCCCACACCUUCUCUUACAUCGACCCCCUAAGAGUCGCGCUGUAAGAAAGCACCCGCGCCUUCCUCCUCCUCCUCUUCCUCCUCCCUUCCCCGGCUCCGCUUCGCCAAGGACCGCAGCACAAGCAGCAGCAGAAACCACAACCAUGCGUGAGUGCAUCUCCAUCCAUGUUGGCCAAGCCGGAGUCCAGAUUGGCAAUGCCUGCUGGGAGCUCUACUGCCUUGAACAUGGUAUACAGCCUGAUGGGCAGAUGCCCAGCGACAAGACCAUCGGGGGAGGAGACGACUCCUUCAACACAUUCUUCAGUGAAACGGGAGCUGGCAAACACGUCCCCAGAGCUGUCUUUGUAGAUUUGGAACCAACUGUGAUUGAUGAAGUGCGCACUGGAACCUACCGCCAGCUCUUCCACCCUGAGCAGCUCAUCACUGGCAAGGAAGAUGCAGCCAACAACUAUGCCAGGGGCCACUACACCAUUGGCAAGGAGAUCAUUGACUUGGUCCUUGACAGGAUCAGAAAGCUGGCUGACCAGUGCACAGGCCUGCAGGGCUUUCUGGUCUUCCACAGCUUUGGUGGUGGCACAGGCUCUGGUUUUACCUCCUUGCUGAUGGAGCGGCUAUCUGUUGAUUAUGGCAAGAAGUCCAAGCUGGAGUUCUCCAUCUACCCAGCUCCUCAAGUCUCCACAGCCGUAGUUGAGCCCUACAACUCCAUCCUGACCACCCACACCACCCUAGAACACUCCGACUGCGCCUUCAUGGUAGACAACGAGGCCAUCUAUGACAUCUGCCGCAGGAAUCUAGACAUUGAGCGCCCCACUUACACAAAUCUGAAUAGGUUAAUUGGUCAGAUUGUGUCCUCCAUUACAGCCUCCCUGCGAUUUGAUGGUGCCCUGAAUGUAGAUCUGACAGAAUUCCAGACCAACUUGGUGCCCUAUCCUCGUAUCCACUUCCCCCUGGCCACCUAUGCCCCGGUCAUCUCAGCUGAGAAAGCUUACCAUGAGCAGCUUUCUGUGGCCGAGAUCACCAAUGCUUGCUUUGAGCCAGCCAACCAGAUGGUGAAAUGUGACCCUCGUCACGGUAAAUACAUGGCCUGCUGCCUGUUGUACCGUGGUGAUGUUGUUCCCAAAGAUGUCAAUGCUGCUAUUGCCACCAUCAAGACCAAACGUACCAUCCAAUUUGUGGACUGGUGUCCCACUGGUUUCAAGGUGGGCAUUAACUACCAGCCCCCCACUGUGGUCCCUGGAGGCGACCUGGCCAAAGUACAGCGUGCGGUCUGCAUGCUGAGCAACACCACAGCCAUUGCUGAGGCCUGGGCUCGCCUGGAUCACAAAUUUGACCUGAUGUAUGCCAAGCGUGCCUUUGUCCAUUGGUACGUUGGGGAGGGGAUGGAGGAAGGAGAGUUCUCAGAGGCUCGGGAGGACAUGGCUGCCCUUGAGAAGGAUUAUGAAGAAGUGGGUGUGGAUUCAGUUGAAGGAGAAGGGGAGGAGGAAGGAGAAGAAUACUAAAUGAAAAUGUCACAAUGGUGCUGCUCUUACAGGGAAUUUUAAAGCUACAGUGAUGAGAAAAAGUUUGCGACCCCUUAAAGUUGCCAUUAUUUCACCUAAAAAGUUACUAGAUCUUAAUGUAACCCCAUAAUCCUAAAUAUAUUAGAUGCCUAGAUUAAAUAAUUGACACCUAAAGAUGAUACAUUUUCAAAAUGUAUUUAUCUGACUGAUAUAUUAGUCCAGUGGUGGCGAACCUAUGGCACGCAUGCCAGAAGUGGCACUCAGAGCCCUCUCUGUGGGCACAUGCUCUGUCACCCCACCACAGAGUUUGUUACUAGAAAGCCAGGGGAACAUGGCACUUUGUGAUAAAUAAGUGGGUUUUGGGUUGUAGUUUGGGCACUCAGGUCUGUAAAAGGCUUGCCAUCACUGUAUUAGUCAAUAUCCAAGUGUGAAAAAGUAUAUGAAUGUUUAGACUGAGUGAUACCCCUUGAGUAACAAUAAUGUCAGAUAAGCAUUUCGAGGAGUUGCCAAACUGCUUCCUCUGAAUAAAGGCCUUUGUUGCAUUAAAAACUCACUUCAGGUCCUGCCACAGCAAGCAGCCUAGACCUGCCUAGGCCAGUCUAAACUAAUGAGUUUAGAGCUAGAGUUUGACUAGGCCAUUCUAAAACACUGAAAUUAUUCUUCUAAGGACAUUAUUUGAUAGAUCUGCUUGUAUGUUUAGGAUCAUUUUUGUGUUUCAUGAUCCAGGUUUGGUUCACCAUCGGCUCUAGGAAGUCGUAACCUGAUGUUCUCCUCUUGUAUUUUCUGAUACACUGAAGAAUUCAAGAGUAUAUAAAAGAUAGCAAGAUGUUCGGGUUGUGAGGCAGCAGAGCAGGCCCAAACCAACACUGUCUGAUGAUCAUACUUGACAAGGGGAAUCCCAGUGACUGAACCCAUUAUAUUUGACCAAAUUUUCUUGUUGAGGCCCUAACCUACCUUUGACUCAUAUAUCCAGAGAAUAGUGUUCCAGAAGUCUUGGGGGAAUCAUAAAUGAUCUUUAAAAAACUUCAGAUGGGCAGCAGUGUUCUUUGUGUAAAGCAGUGGUUUCCUCCUGGCAACAUUGUUCUUAAGUCUUUUCUGGAUCAUUGAAUCAUGAACCUUCACAGUGUGCAAGCAUGCCCUACCGAUUGUUGGACGUUACUCUGGGGUUCUUUGUGACUGGAUGAUGUGCUGGUUAGUUCUUGGAGGGAUUUGGAUAGGGCAAACACUCCUGAAUAGAGUGACUGUGAACUUGAACCUUCUCCAUUUGUAGACUAGCUGUCUUAACAAUGGGUUGGUACAUCCCCAGAUGCUUAGAAAUUGUUUCAUAGCCCUUUCUAAACUGGUGAGUAGCAGUAACUGAUUUUUCUGAGGUCUUCAGAGAUGUCUUUUGACUGUGGUGUAAUAUGUUUCCACACAACUAUGUGCUGACAACCAAACUCACAAAGUUUCUGAUCCUUUUAUUGAGUGCCCCACAACUCACCCCACAGACAUAUCAAAUUACUUAAGGAAUGAUACUAAUUAUUUCCUUUAACUGAACUUAGGCAGCCAGAAGUUCACUUGCUUUUGCACUUAUUUGGACUUUUUAUAUACUCACUGUUUGCCUAAUUUAUACAUUAUUUUAUUACACAAGAAACAUAAUAGGUUAAUUUAAACCUUACUGGAUAUUUAGAAUAAUGCUGGAUUUAAUUAUGUCCUAUUAAAAAUAUGGAAUAUCCAUAAUUAUCAUUAGGGUUCAUGAACUUUUUCUCACCACUGUUUUUAACAACAUUCAAGUACUAGUCUGAUUGGUUAAUUUACGUAGCUGUGUAAAUUGUUUGCCCUACAAUAACUGAUCUGCGCUUUAAAUCAUGAACGUUUUACAGACCCAAGCCAUCCAAUAAUAUGAUGGCUUUGUGAAUAAAAAGCAUUCCCUGUCCUAGAAA